UCAAUCUACAUAAAUCAAUCUACAUAAACUCUUUUUGAUUUCUGUCAAACAUAAGCAGAUAUUUCAAAUUUACAAUUAGGUCCCUACAUGGCUGAUAUUUAUUCCACGCGUCCUCCGGAUCGUUAUGGAGACUUACAACUUUAGUCCCGAUAGACGUCGAUCCUUUUAUUCCGCACCCAGGCGACGACAGAGCGCAUAUGAUUGGGACAGUGAUGAUAGUUACACAUAUGAAGCCGGACCCCGCACAGCGCGGUAUUAUUCUAGCCCAUCACCACCUCCAGUACGUCCAGGGGUAACGAGACCAGCUAGUAGAAGCACUUAUUAUGACUGGGAUGACAAUGAGGACGAUUACAAAAGCGGUGUUGAAACCGCAAGCCUCAUCGAAGAAAAUCCUGUAUUGACUUUCCAGGAAGUCGAAAAUGAAGGGCUGUCAAAGACUUUCAUCGUUCCUAAAUCCCCGCGAGAUACCAGUUUACCAUUGAAUAUUUACGCAAACACGGCGCACCUGGAGUGGAACCAGCCAGAAGCUCCCUUUGAGGAUGGACUUUCAACCCUAUUUGCCGUACACGCAUCAGAAUAUAGUUUAAAUAAAGAUGGAAGGCAAAAGAUUCGACUCAUGUGCCCCGAUCGACCUCCUCCUGCGGAACCAAGCCCAUCAGGGGUGCAAUUUAGAUGGCUGCAUAUACAAAGACCAUUCUUACGACUCGAUGAUUUAAACAAACUAGUUAUAAAUUCGCCUUACAUUUCGAACGACCUGAGGAUAGUGGCCUUGAAUGUCUUGAGUGAGGUCAAAAACAAAGCAUCUCGCAAGCUAGUCGGAGGCUCUUAUGUCGAGUCUGGUUCGAUCUUACGUGGCACCAGCGAUUACAGUGCCAGCAAGAACUCACAAAACCAACCAGUUAUCUUUCUUUCGAGUCCCUACCUUUUACUUAACCAAAAACCAUCUCUCGCAGAUGCCGACAAAGGACAACGCAUGUUUAGUCUGCUUGAAAGCUUAUAUGGAUACGAUGUUGAGAGCGACAGGCAAGAUACUGGGCUCAUGAAGAGAAUGAACUUUGACCCAUCAAAAGGCACGUUGCAUGUUCCCCAAAUAUGGUGUCUCUUAGUAGGGAAUGAUGUUCUCAUCACUUUUUCUGAACUACCAGUACAAAGUUUGACCAAAGAUCUCAUCGAAAUAGACCAGAGAAUGUCCAGUCUACGAAGACCACUCACUGUGAGGGUGUUAGAUCAAUAUAGACGACCUCAUAGCGUUGUAAUUGAUGCAGAUUGCAAUUACGUGGACUUUCUAAGGCACAUCUUCGCUUUAGCUAAAGAGGGAACAGGAACCUGUGUGACGGAUUAUGAACUGCUCAAUGAGAAUCGUGACCUGGUUACUCCACAAGAAUGGCUCACGUUAAUUCAACAGGGAAGGCUUCAAGAUACAAUAUUUUAUAUCGUGCCAAGGUUUCAAUUGCAGCAACGACAAUUACGUGAAAGCCACAGUCGAUCACGAUCACGGUCACAGCUUAGAAAACUGCAACAGGACAUAUCCUACAACGACCCUCUAACAAUUAAUAGAGGCAGGAGAUCUCUUGUGACCAAGAGAUCUAGAUCCAGAUCUAGAGUCGUCAUGAAUGAGAUGAUUCAACGUCCAGCUGCUUCUAGUCGUGAGUGGAUAACGGAAAAUAGAACGACAUCGCCUGAGCCUAGGUCAGGUUAUGAUCCCGAGAAAUGGGCUCUCGUUAAGUACCAACAAAAUCCUUUGGGGGACAAUUCUAAAAACCUAAAUGAAGCAUCAAGGGGAAAUGACACUGGAAGAAAGUUGAUUACCUGGAAAGAUCAAGUCGACAAAGAAAAUGAUGAGGCCGAUGAGGAACCAAACAGAUGGCCUAAGCGGACAAGAUCCACCUCUCAACAUAAGCCGUAUGCAGCUGAAGAUAUGCAAGUCGCUUUGCGAAGAGCCAAUACAUACACAAGAACUGCUAGCGGAAUGAUCGACACUCCUGUGUAUAAACGAAGGGAUUCUGGGAAUUCACUAUUAUCACGAUCACAGCGGGAUUCACCCUAUAAAUAUUUCUCUCCUCUGCCACAUAUGCCUAACCUUCGUAGGCGAACUAGAUCUGAUAGUGCAAUGAUACAACGAAGGCAUCAACCGAAUUCUCGGUACAUAUCUCAGGAACAACGUCAACGAUCCCCUCCUCAGGGACCCAACAUCGUUAUCAACGAUACUGCGUAUAAUGUCAUGGUGCCAAAUCUCUUAAGCCUUGGGGACUUAUCAGACGGUGAACAGAGUCGGAGAUCCUCUUCAGUCUCUUUAGAUACGGAGUCUGAUAAUUCAGAACCCGACAUACCACGCUCUAUUUCGCCGAAUAACUACAAUACAGGAAUUAACCGAGGGCGCAGAUUGUCGACGCCUUCUCAAAGGCAAGGAUGGUAUAAAGCGUCGGAUGGAGUGUGGAGACAGGGAGAUGGGAAUUCUUCAAGAAGCUUCUCAGAGCCAUCUGAUGCGGGAUCAUCAGAUACAGAUGCCAGCAGUAUAGCUUCAACUGAAAGAUACCCAAGAAAAGGCAAGACGAAGAUACCUGCGAAGCUCGUCUCCAUUCGAGCAGUAAUUGAUCUUGGUUACCCAUUUGUCCAUGAGGGUGAUAUGAUUGUGCUUCAAACAGCGUUAAAUCACCCACUAAUUGAUGAACUGUUACGGCUAAGUGAGGAGUACAAAACUGCGGAAACUAGAACAGAGGAGUCGAAUGUUCGCUUCGAGCAUCCCGGGUCUGACUCGUCUCAAUCCAGGAGCAGGUCUAGGGGCUCUGCUGUCCGAAUCCCCGAGUCUAGUACAUCGCCCAAAAUCAGGCUCUUGCCGUUCUUCCAUUGGAAAGUUGGACCGAAAAACGACUCUGAUAUUGUAUCCACCAAUGCCGAUAUUGUUCUUGUUGAUAUGUUAGCGAAGUCUGACCAACUGCUCCGCUCCGACAAGCUUUAUAAUAGAGUCUAUGCUUGCACUUUAGAUGAUCUUUUAUACAGGCAUGCCGGUUACAUCAAAGUGACCAAGUCACCCCUUGAAGCACUUACACACGAUCAAAAACCCCCAUCUGGCAACACGCAAGCAAAUGACAAAGACGGAUCUGCGCCUAUAGCAACUGAUUUCAAUGCGGAAGGAGUUGCACGUGCCGACGAAGCUCCAGACAACGAGACCCCAGGCAUUCGAGCGACGCUACCAAGUAGUCUGACCCCAGGUGUGCAAGAAGAUAUCCAAGCUGAGGAGGAAAAGGAGCCUGUUUGGCUGCCAGGUACCGAUCAAGCCGCCAUGGAAAGUCUUUUAGAAUUAUCCCAAGAACUUCUUGGAACAUUCCUCCCAAAAGAAGGUAGUGCACCCCUUCAACGGGUAUGUAAGCGGUUCUGGGGUUCGCUAGACGAGAUAUUUCGACAUAUAAUAUGGUCCCUAGGGAAUGGGUCAGACCAAACUCAAUGGGUGAUACAUAACUUUACCCCUAACUCAACGCUUUCUAAGGCCCUGCCCAGAGCCCCAACCAACAAGAAGACUUUCGCAGACUGCGAGGACUGUAAUGGGAGAAAGAUUUAUGCUUCUCAUGUAGAGGCUCUUGACCAUCUGCAUUCUGAGCAUUUAACAUGCACGAGUAUUGGAAACAGCAAACGACCGUAUGAUGACCCCUGUUUCGUUUGGUUAAGGCGAUCCGGUGAUUCUCAAAUCAACCGGGCACAGAAUAAGAACAUCAUCAUUGCGGUUAAUCAAUUCAUUGAACUUUUGGCAAAUGUUAAGGAUCUAGCGAUGGAACUUCAUUAUCUUGUCGCUACAACAUCUCAUCAAAGCGGAGAGCCCGAGUUCCGGCCAUAUCUCCCUACUAAUGUCUUCUACGCUUUCCAAGAAAUUCUAAGCAUGUACUUGCUCACUUCAAGGCAACUUUCGUACAUAAACGGGCUCGAUCUUCUCCAAUCCAGCUUUGAAAAGCGGCAAGCGGGGCCUUACUGGCGCAAGAUCAGGUCAUUGGAGUCCGACGCACAGGCUUCUUUCAUCAAGGCUUGUGAACUUCUUGAAAAUUCAAAGGAAGAUAUCUUACUCUCCGGGACUGCCCAACAGAGCCCUGAUACUCUUGGAAUAGAAUCCGUUGGUCCCCAUUUUCUCGCGGCUGCUCUGGCAAUCAACCUCCAAAAUAGGCCGCUGCUUCCAGAUACUGGUACGGAAGUGCUUCAAGUGUAUCAUGAAUACACUGCAAAACUCCGAUAUCAAACGUAUCGUCGACCAAGAAGACGGGUAUUUCUAGAAAUCCACAGACUACAAGAAGACUUAGAAGCACUGCACAAUGUCGUCCUAUCGCAAAUCCAGGUACUCGAUAACUAUAAGAGGCUUCUCUCUCCAACUUCGUUUCGAGUGACGGAUACGUCCCGCGAAGGACUGUUUCGGAUCGAAUCUCGAUAUAUCGAUUCUCAGAUUGACAAGCUUCAAGAUCAGAGCAUGGAGAUUCGGGUUCAGCGUGAAAGGAUGGGAUUCCUCAAGGAGCAAGUCAAGCAAACCAUCGAGAUCCUCGAGGAGAACCAUGGGAAGGCUAUCCGGGUGUUUACUAUUGUGACCGUUUUCUUUCUGCCCUUGUCCUUCGUUUCGAGUUUCUUCGGGAUGAACACGACCGAUAUCAGGGAUACAGAUUACGACCAACGAUUUUUUUGGACCGUCGCUCUGCCGGUCACGUUUGUCGUGCUCGCGCUCGCGUUCUUCUACGGAUACAAGGGUGACACGAUCGAGGAUCGCAUUCUCACGCUCAUGUACGAUAAAAGCGAGCGCAGGCAUCGCGAACCGCUCAAGAAAACGGUUACAUGGGGUACGGUUACUUCGGAAAACAACCCAGCGCAGGACACCCCGCGAUAUCAUCUCCCUUCAUGGGCAAGGCCUGUUGGAAGGCGGAGGACGGUGAUUAACUCGGGAAUCAAGCGACGGCCGACGGACAUAAGUUAUCUGUCUGCAUGACGAUGGGACGCAGGGAGGACCAGUUUGAUUACCUACCUACCUUUAUUUUGUCAUGAUUCCGCUCGGGCGAAAGAAGCAAACUCGAUUGAUUGCCAUACCGACGGUAUCUUCCGAUUCUUGGGUGAUCGACAUAAUUUAAGCAAAGCAUGAUUUUGUUGUCUAAGAUGGAGAUCAUGUUUGUACCUACAUUGAAAUUCAAGUACGCUCGAAGCCAGUAAGAUCAUGAAAAUUCUUAGGUUAUGUACUCAGUAUUCAGCCUUGUGUUGCAAGGUUGUACGUUGUAAUAUGUAUAUUGUCGAUGUCUAGUU